GACUCCAAUUGGAAACUUUGUCGUUAUUACAGUUGUUGCUCUGAUUUUCUAAAAUACAUAAUAUGUUUAUAUUAUUUAAAAAUUUUUAACUACGACCAAUACUUGACCUGACAUAUUUUGUGGAUUACGUGUUCACCAACUCCAGUAAAAUGGCCAAUGUUUUGGAGCGACUUGUCCAACGCUUUCAGAAAGUUUUAAGUGAACCCGGAAUGAUAAACGAUUUGUUGACGAUAGCCGAAAACAAUACUGGGGUGGAUCGGAUCUACAUCGCUCCGGGCGCUAUCGGCUUUCUUGCUGUCUAUUUAGUUGUUGGUUUUGGUGCCCAGCUAGUGUGUAACUUCAUUGGAUUCGUUUAUCCUUCCUAUGCAUCGAUUAAAGCAAUCGAAACGAAACAAAAAGAUGACGACACGAAGUGGCUUACCUAUUGGGUUGUUUAUGCAUUCUUCGGCAUGGUCGAAUUCUUUUCGGAUAUCUUACUGACCUGGUUCCCACUGUAUUGGCUAGCAAAGUGUACUUUCCUGGUAUUCUGCUUUGCCCCAACCACAUGGAAUGGGUCAACAAUAAUCUAUCAAAGCAUUAUCCGUCCACUUUUUUUAACUUAUGAGUCAGAUAUUGAUCAGGUUGCUACUGCAUUCAGACAGGAGGCUGAUCAGGUUACCCUGCUGCAAAGUUAACCGAAGCAUUAAAACCGGCAUGGGCUGCAAGUGUACAGUCAUUUAAUGGCACGGAUAGUGAAAACUAUUUUUAGGAAUAUUCAUAAGCUUCCUAUAGGAAUUCAUGGAAUUUGGGUGGCAGCAUCUAGUUCAUCACCAUAAUUGGGAAACACCCUCUAUAUAUACAUCAGCACAUAGAUAUG